AUGGAGCUCAGUAUUAUCAUACUUAGAUUCCCUUCGGCAUCUCGCUUUCUGUAUUUUGCAUCUUCACUCUCUGAAACGUUUUCGCGGGAUUCUGUUGGAUCAUCAUCAGAUUCAUCUCGUAGUUCACGGAGUUCUUACGCCUCAAGCUCUGGUUCAUUUCCAAGCAUCGCCAGCACGAUAUCUUCUACUUUCUCCGAUCGUUCUACGCCACUACCCGAAUUUCCCACCAGUUCCCUUCCGAGUCCACAGGAUAAAGCAAUUAAAAAUGUAUCGAAUGUAACAUAUUUCGAAUCAAAGUCAAGUGGCGAACCUUUGUAUCAUCAAAUACCAACACGACAAAAACUUCUCACAGUCAUACCUACAGCUCGGAACAGGCCAUCCGCUUUAGCACGACUUCAGGAUGUGGAAAAUGUUUUCUGUGUUGCUUUUGGAAUCUUUGAUCGAUAUUAUAUAGCAUGGGAGGAUACUCAAGGAGAACAACAUCAAGAGAGCAACAAGCUGCCGCAACUUCUCUACAAUUGGCUGUAUCCUGAAAGUGGCCAAACACGACAUCUGCCUUCACUACAAGUCUCAUUUGGGACUAACAAUGAGUUUUUUGCUUCUGAUAAAGAUGAUAAGAUUUCAAGUCGUGAUUCUGUGCCUUCAGCCAUCAGUCAUGCAUCUAGGUUGUCACUAACCAAACCCAUUGUCCGAACAAAAUCUCAACCAAUACUCAACCUUUAUGAAGUCGGAGAAGAUGCCGCGACGAUAUCACGAACUUCAAGGUUCAAGAGAAGGAGUACUAUGUUUACCUCAGACUACCAGACGUAUAACCCUACACGAAAUACGAUUGAACGCAGAGAAACCUUAGAAGAAUUAUCAUCUCAACCAUCUAUAGCGGAAACACCACUGGCGGCAUACAUCAUAAAUAACGACACUGAGUCUCGCCGAAUAGGACUAGAGCACCGUAUACCAUCGAGCUUGAGCCGGAGACGAAGCGAUCUAUCACGGAUUCGUGACUCUUGGUCAGAACAACCCGCCCAAGGCUCGAAUAUCUUGAAACGCGAAAUGUACAAUUCUGAGAGGAAAUAUAUUGAUAACUGCAUACAAACGGAUAUUUGUAGACACCAUCUAGACGAGAUUUUAAGCACCGGAGUCGCACCGCCAAUUUUACCUCAAGAGCUGCAAUAUCAAUCAGUUCAGACAAUGCCCUUUGGUUCAAUGCAAGAUUACUUUCGAGGGCAGUACAAUCUUGGAGAUGCGUUAUAUUAUGGAUGA